AUGCCAGCGAGUUCCGAAAGCAGUUCUGCGUGGGCGAGUUCUCAGCAAAGAAGAAGGAGUGGGGUGCUCCGGGUGCUCCGUUGCGAGAGCCUUGCCUCAGCAGCGAAUAUGCCGACAGCGGCCUUGGCGAACUCGUGCCGAAACGCCCUUUCAAGCAGAACUGCUGGCUUGGAUUUCAAUUAUUUCAAGUAG